AUGUCUCGACCUACGGAAAAGCGCCUCCCUGUCCCUGACGACGUCGUGUUCGACAUCCUAACUUGGCUGCCAGUGAAAUCCUUAAUCCGAUUCAGAUGCGUUUCCAAAUCUUGGUACUCCACCAUCACCAACCCGAUUUUCAUCACCACACAUCUCAACCACAACAAAGCGAAAGAAUCACUAUCCAUUGACGACAAUAACAAUAACAAUGGUUAUCUGUUAUAUACACAUGUACCAAAGGAUUUUUCAUCUCGCCAUGAACUGUGUACGGCUGUUUACAAUAGCGACCACACACUCACCCAGAUUUCUGCUUUUCAAAUCCCCUUUUCUGGUUUCAACGUGGCUAGCUUCUGUAAUGGCAUGUUCUGCCUUGAUUGUCUUACCGACCAUGGUGAUCAUAUAAUAUGUUUGUGGAACCCAAGCAUUAGAAAGUUUAAGACACUUGCUCCUUUUCGCUUGAUUGACUAUGUUGAUAGCGGCACUCUUAGACUUGAGAGCGUCACUCUUGGACUUGCUUAUAAUUCUCAAAACAAUGAUUUCAAGAUUCUUAGACUUGCGUGUUUUUAUGAUAUUAUUGAAAAAUUUGUAAUAAAUCGGUUCAGGAUUGAGGCCGAGAUUUACACAUCCAGUACUGAUUCGUGGAGAAAGGUUGAAAUAUCAGUGGAGUCCUUAAGUCGACCUAUUUUUAUUUUAGGUAAACGUUGUGUAUUUGUAAAUGGAGCUCUGCACAUUAUAGCAUAUUUUCAGGGCUAUGAAUUUAUCUUGUCCUUUGACGUCGAUGAUGAGAGAUUCCAUGAGAUAAAGCUGCCUCAAAAUUACUCGAGAGGAUUCAAUGUAGAGUUUAGACAACUUGGAGUAUACAAGGGAUUGCUUGCUUUGAUUGUUUUUUGUCAUGAUCCUGCUAAUAGGGGUUACAUAUGCCUUAUAUGGGAGAUGAAGGAGUAUGGUCUGGCUGAGUCUUGGACUUGGACUAAAAAAUGUAUAACAAUGAAUUCCUUCUAUAGCUGCUACGGUUGCACUGACAAUGGUGAAAUUCUAAUGAAGAAUGCCAAUGGGCUAGUUUCAUUUGACCCUGAGAAUCAUCAGAACAUUUUUACUAUUGAAGAUGCACGUUGGGCGGAUUACACUGCUAAUUCUAUGGAGAGUUUGGUUUUACUUGAUGGGGGUAAUAGUGUAUCUGAAUAUAAAGAUUAG